GAGCAAGCUUCUUCACUGACGUUGUCCGUUGGUUUGGUUGUUCGUCCGUUUGCUCGUUCGUUGGUUUGUGCCUUGGUCAACGAUCAUUGUCUCCCGGUGUUCGUUCGCUUCUUACUAUAAUUGUACAAAAUGGCAGGAGGUAAAGCUGGAAAGGAUUCAGGAAAGGCGAAAACCAAAGCUAUCUCCCGAUCCGCUCGUGCCGGUCUUCAAUUCCCGGUCGGUCGUAUUCAUCGUCACCUGAAGUCCAGGACGACUUCCCACGGCCGUGUCGGGGCAACGGCAGCUGUCUACUCCGCAGCUAUCCUCGAGUACUUGACUGCCGAAGUUCUGGAAUUGGCUGGAAACGCCUCGAAGGAUCUCAAAGUGAAACGUAUCACUCCUCGCCAUCUUCAGCUUGCCAUCAGAGGGGAUGAAGAAUUGGAUUCGCUCAUCAAGGCUACCAUUGCCGGUGGAGGUGUGAUCCCUCACAUCCACAAGUCGCUCAUCGGCAAGAAGGGAGGUCCGCCUGGCGCUCCCGGUCAGGGCCCCAAGGCUCCUUGAGGCGGUGGCGAGUCUUGUCGAUAAUGUCACCGCUCAUCAUCACGCUAAUUUUCCUCGCGAUUUCAUUUGGUUCUCCCAUAAAAGCUAUCAACUGCGUAUCAAUGUGCCCUCUUUCCGAAUAACGAGUAAACUUUCUUCUUGAAUCAUACAACCCUCAUGCUAUCAUAGCCGAAAACGUGUAGAAGCCCACCGAGCGAUAUGUAGAAGCUCGGCUUCCAUCAUCUUCCUUUGUAAACAAUAUUCAAUGUGUCAGAUGGUCAAUCCGCGCGAUCUUGUAUCAAAUCACACGUGUAUCCAUCGAAGCUGCUUGACUAAAACGUGUUUUGUACUCUA